AUGGGUAUUGAACUGGGUUCCACUUAUUCACGUGUAGGGGUCUUCCAGCACAGAAAAGUAGAGAUCAUUGCCAGUGACCAAGGCACACGUACCAGUCCAAACGAUGUGGCUUUCACAGAUGAUCACCUCAUCGAUGAGGUUGCUAAGAGCCAAGAGAUGAUGAACUUUGCUACCGUCUUUGAUGCCAGUAGGCUGAUUGGUCGUAAGUUUGGUGAUGCCAGAGUUCAGUCAGUGAAGCACUGGCCUUUCCAAAUGAUUUGUGAAAAGGGAAAACCCAAAGUAAUUGUAGAAUAUAAAGGAAAAAAUGUUUUUUCCCCAGAGGAGAUCUCUUCCGUGGUUGUAAGCAAGAUGAAAGAGUUUGCUGCAGCCUCCUUGGGUGGAAAAAAGCCAGAAAAUACAGUAAUUACUGUUCUAACCUACUUAAAUGAUUUACAGUGUCAGGCCACAAAGAAUGCACGGACCAUCACUGAUCUUAAUAUCCUGGAAAUCGUUAAUGAGUCUACUGCAGCAGCCGUAGUUUAUGGCCUGGAUUUAAAAACAACGACAACAAAAAAUGAAGCUUUAAAAGAGAGAAACAUGCCGAUCUUCGACUUAGGUAGUGGCACCUUUGGUGUAUCUAUCCUAAACAUCCAGGAUGACAUCUUUGAAGGAAAAUCCACAGCUGGUAACACCCACCUGGAUGGGGAACUUUUUGAUAGUUGUAUGGUGAGCUACCUGAUGGAAGAGGCCAAAUGCAAGCACAGGAAGGAUGUAACCUACCACAAGCAGGCAGUACGCUGCCUCCAGACUGCCUAUGAGAAGGCACAAUGUAUCUUGGGUUUCUUUGCUCCUGCCAGGAUUGAGAUUGAUUUAUUCUAUACGGACAUGGGUUUCUACACUUCUGUUUCCUGAGCCCAGCUGAGUGCUGAUGUCUUCUGUGGUGCCCUAAAGCUAGUAGAGGAGUCUCUGAAGGAUGCCAAACUCGACAAGAGCCACGUUAAUGAAACUGAGAUAGUCAGUGAUUCCACUUGUACCCCAAAGUUUCAGAAAUUGCUUCCAAUUUUCUUGAAUGGAAAGGAGCUCAGCAAAAUCAUCAGCCCUCAUGAGGAGUAG